CUCGCUGUCGGUCAUCGAUUAGGCACUUGGUUAAAGGGAUUUUAAAGGAGCAAGAGACCUAGUAGUGAGUGCGUGUUUCGUUAUUUACAAGCCCGAUGGUUGAGUUUGUAUGAGUCAGUGUUACUACUCGAAAGAAGAAAUCGCACAACUUCCUGUUCUCAACUCGAGGACUCGACCAUGCAGAACUAUGGCCACGAGGAUUACUACCAUCCACCAGAAGAGGCCUCAGAUUCGGGAAUGGGCGGAAGAAACCUGCCCUCGAUGCCGGGAGCAAGGCCCAUGGUGGACCCCCAGGCCUUGGGGGAGGUCGACCCAAAUUUAUACCCCGAGCCCAAGGAGGCAACGCACAAAAUACGUGGUAAAACCGACAUUCUCGAGUAUCUCUUCGGUUCAGUGGAUCAGGAAAUGCUCAUUGUCAAAACCUUCUACUUCUUUUUCUACUCGGCCUUUGGAUCACUCUUUCCUCUCAUGGGAGUCUACUUUAAGCAGAUGGGCAUGAACGCAGGUCAAUGUGGAUUGCUUGUUGGCCUCAGGCCAUUCAUCGAGUUCUUUAGUGCACCCUUCUGGGGAUCCCUCGCUGACAGGUAUCAAAAAGGUAAAUUGAUGUUGCUCGCUUCCCUGUCCUGUUGGAUCAUCUUCACCUUGCCUUUAGGAUUUAUCCAACCCCCUGUUACAACUUGUAUGAUCGAGAAAAAUUAUUCAUACUACUUAUCUGCACCCGAGAAUUUGAAGGGACCAAGAAUUGUAAAGAGAUCUAUCAACAAUGAUGAAUUAUCAUCUGCAACUGAAGAUACGGACUACCUCGAAGUUGCAGCAAAUGUUGUUUUUGAGAGAGUACGCCGAAAUGUAGACGAUCAUCUAUUAGUUCAUCAUUCUCUACCCCUUGGAGGUACAUCGUACCAUUUAAGUAAACUUCCUACUCUUUCUGAAUUGGUGGCUGAGGCUUCAAAUUAUAAGCAAGGGUUACAGGAUAGAAGGACAAGACAAGUUCGAUCUCCGAUUCCAGAUAAUGAUUCUACUAAUUUGAGAUACGAACACUUUAUCGUAGAUGAUGCUGCAGAUAAUACCGAUCAUGGAAUUGAUAUUGAUACCAUCGUCCGAAAAAAUCGACCGGCUGAUGUUCUGGAAUACAAACAUUUUCUAAAGAAUGAACCUUUGAAUGAUAGAAGGUCACCAAAAAAGGCUCACAGUCGACCUGCAAAAACUCGUUCCAAACCUACGCCUCAAAAAGUAAUGGUAAAACGUGAAACUGAUCAUUCAACCCAGAAAGAAGAUCUUAAAACUGACCUUAAAGAAAUAGAAUCGAGUAAAAUCUAUGCAAAAAGUAUAAUGUAUUCAAGAGUAAAAGAAGAAGAGGAGGAGGAAGAAUUUAUAGAGAAAAUGGAGAAAAUGAAGAGAGAAGAGGAGGAAGAAAAUUUCGUUGAUAUAGAUGAAAUGGGAGCUUUGGGAGAGGAUUCUGGAGAAAAUGACGAAGACCUAACGGAAGAAGAAGAUGAAGAAUCAAGCCAACAAUUUGUAAGACAUCGACGAAGUGUGAAUAAAUAUCCACGAGCUUCUGCUGGCCAGAGUCCUCUUUCCGUCGAUUAUGCUACUAAUUAUAACGGUGAUAAGGACAGAAGUUUGGUUAAGCCACUCUUUAGUUCUAUCGUUUAUAGCUUACCUGAUAUCCAGAAAACUUUCUUUCUUCUGCUUCUUUUGGUAGUAGUAGGCGAAUUCUUUGCUGCGCCUGCUAUAACAUUGGCCGAUUCAGCUGUGAUAACACUUCUUGGUGAAGAUGCAGACAGGUAUGGACACCAACGUAUGUUUGGAAGCUUGGGUUGGGGUCUGGCUAUGUUCUUCGUUGGAAUCGCACUCGAUCAUAGUACAUCAUUUCCGGACCAUCCCUGUGGACCUGACGCUAGAGAAAAGAAUUACACAAUUUGCUUUGCCAUUUUCAGUGUUCUGAUGGGUGGUGCUUUAAUCACUGCCACGCAAAUAACUUUUAAAUACGACUUUGUCGCCUCUGAACCGGAAAUAUCGAAGAAACCUGCUGAAAUAACUAGAGAGGAGCAACUCCAAAAUCAGUUGUCACAGCAAUUAAAUCUACCUGGCUUACUGGAUUCUUCGACAAGUGCACCAACACAACAACCAGCAACAAUGGAAAGCAAAAGUAAAAUUUUCGCUCAGACAACCAGAGAAAUACCAGAAUGGGUUACUGUAAUCAGACAGUUUAAAGACCUUAAGUGCGCUUCAUUCCUUUUCGUCGCCUGGUUUAUGGGUUUUGGCAUAGGACUCAUUUUUACUUUCUUGUUCUGGCACCUUCAAGAUUAUGGAGGAUCCUCUACCCUCUUUGGAGUUGCUUCAGUCAUCAACCACAUCUCUGAGAUUUUCGCUUAUUUCUUCAGCUUCAGACUCAUUCGUCAGAUGGGACACGUCAAGGUAUUGUGCCUCGGUCUAGGUGGGAAUGUUCUGCGCUUCCUUUAUAUUUCCUGGUUGAAGAAUCCGUGGUGGGUUUUGCCCUUUGAGUUUAUUCAGGGUAUAACUCACGCUGCUGUUUGGGCUGCUUGUUGCAGUUAUAUUGCUCAUAAUACCCCACCACAAUUACGGUCUAGUGCACAAGGUGUUCUUCAAGGACUUCAUCAUGGUCUCGGACGAGGAUGUGGUGCUAUUAUCGGGGGAAUGUUGGUUGCUAGUUACGGGACUACUAUCGUGUUCAGAACAUAUGGUUUUGUCUGCUUGCUUGUUUUGGGAGGAUUUAUCUUCAUCAACUUCUAUCGUGUUGACACUGGAUUCGUGUCCGAUCUACCGCCAACCGAAGAUCCUCAUCAGGUAGCCGAAGCCACUCAUUUAGCUCCACAUGGCGUGCCUAGCAACGCUAUUCCCAGAGCUUUAAGCUCAAGUCGUCUUCACGAAUUAGCUAAUCAAGACUCCGGUUAUGGUGCUACUUAUUCAACCAGCGGUGGUAAUCUGGGGGUGCCAGGUAGUAAUGGAGGUAAUGCCAACCCCAAUAAUCCAUUCUUGAAUGGUGGUGGAGGUGGAGGUGGCGGUGGAGGUGGUGAUGAAGGGUACAAUUAUAGUAUUACUGGUAAAGGAGAGGACGAGUUUAUUCGAAGGAGCUUCCAGAUAUAUAGUGAGGUAGUGGGCACCGAAUUAAAAAUUGUGAAACCGCCACCCGUAGUAACUCAUCUUCACGCUCAACAACCAUGUACCAAUCCCUUUCAUCAGCACGAAUAUGACUGGUAAUAACAAAAUCUACAAAAAGCGUGCUUUCGAAAAAACAAACGGAUAUGGUCGGGUUAAAAUGGUAAAGUUGGCUGUAAGUCCUUAACCCUGAGUUUGGAUGCGACUGCACCUGCAAAUUCAGUGUGAAUUUCCAAGUGUAUGCCUAAGAAAGUAAUCACGAAUGUCAUCCGUGAUGAAGAUACGAUGUGACAGAUUUAGGCUUUUCCAUGUAAAGCAAAAAAGUUUUCAUUUAGCGAUCGAGAGUUGAAAUAAAAUGUCUUACACGACAUCCUAGUUGGAUCAA